CAAGGUGACGAAACAUCAAAUAUUUCUGCAAGAGUGCAACUUCGAAGCCCUUUCCUUUCCCCUUUCAAAACGACGAAUCUCAUCUCAUUUUCAUCUGUCCAGUUUUGGAAAGCUAGGGUUUAUUAAGUUCCCCAAUCAAUCGGAGAAUCGGGAAACCCAAUUUUGCCCUAGAUUACGCGCGCGGGAGAACGGGAGGGAGAAGAAAUGAAAGCUUUGAGCGGUCUGACGGCGAAAUUCAGGAAGAACCCUGCUCAUGUACUCUGAUGGAUGGUCCUAAAGCAGUUAUACACGACAUAAGUUCGGACGAGGAAGAGGCUACCGGCGAGAGAAGCGGUGUCGGCGCUGAUGACUAUGACUGGUUAGCGAGACUUCUCGAGGACGACAAGGGACUUUCCGAUGAUUCCGAUGAUGUGGUCGUGGUGGGCGAGGUUGUUUUGAACUCCAGGCAGACUGUGAAGUCCUCGAGUACAGUCUCUAAAGACUCGGCGAAAGCUGUGGACGAUGAUGACGGUGAUUGUGUGGUAUUGGAGGGAGAUCCAGAUAAGCCGGUUACUAUAGAUAAUGAUGAGGAACGGGAUGAUGAUUCUGAUGAAAUACAAGUUGUUAGCGAAAAGGGUCAGGUUGCUUGUAGAGAUUAUCCUCAUCCACGGCAUCAUUGCGCAAAAUUUCCUUUUGCUUCUACUCCACAUGACAGCUACUGUGACCAGUGCCAUUGUUAUGUCUGUGACUCUCUUGCUCCUUGUGGGUAUUGGGGAAAUGGCAGUUCUAAUAUGGACCACUGUCAUGCCACUGAUAAAGAUGAAUUUUGGAAAGCCAAGAGACAAAACACUAAGAAAAACAAUGUCGUACUAGCAGCUCCUAGUGGCGUGGAUGCUAGGGUCUCGGUUCCACUGCCCUUGGUGAACCAGUCUCCAUUGCCUCCUCAGCUGGUGUCCUGUAAUGUAACACAGAAUCAGGCCUUCACCCACUGCCCUAUUCGUCCCUGUUCAGUGUCGGUCAGUCCUGGAACGCCAAAUAUUACAAGGCAACAAGGAAGCCUACCGCCUGGAUUUAGUGUUCCAAACCGUCUGCCUGGAUACAUUAUUCCAAGAAGCAAAUUUCAAGACCAUUUGGUCUCCCAGCAAAUUCGCAAUGGGUAUAGAAAUGGAAUCUCAACUGAUAGAAGACCGAAUACUUGUCAAGUUGGCCCCCAUCUUAUUUAUUCUCGCACAGCAUUUAAGAGGACUGGAUCAGCUUCACUACCUUUAACAUCUCCAAGACAUGGGAACACUUCAUCCCACAAUCAUCACAGGCCUCCACUUGAUAGGAGUCUUUCUCUGGGCCCAAGGUAUGUAGAUUGCCGUAGCUGGAUGGCUCCAGUUACAGACACUAAUCCGGGGUCCUUCCCAAUAGACCUCGGCUGGAUUCCAUCCAAUCCAGUGUCUUCCCAACCACAACUAUCUGUGCAGCCGAGCCUGGAAAGUGAGUCUGUGAAUUAUUUACCAUCUGGACCUCAAAUUUUCUCCCAGCCACAGGUGAAUGGUGCAGAUUCGUUGCUUUCAGAGUCUCAAGUGUUCUCUCCAUCCCCAAACUAUGCUAAUCCUAUGUCUUCUCAACCUCGAGUUCCUUAUCAACCAGCUGUGGAAAGAACAUUCACUGACUGUUAUCCAUCUGAAAUUCGUUCCUCCUCCCAGCAUGUGAAUGGUGUAUAUGAAAACUCAGUACCCUCUGAUCCCCAAACAUUGUUUCAGCCAUAUGUAGAGAGUAACUCUAUGGACACAGCUCUACAUAGCCAGGCAUCUGAACAUCCAAAUGGGGUAAACAAUUUUGAGAAUCCAAUGCAUCCCAGACCUGAACUGGCCUACCAGGCAAAAGGGCCCUACUCUAACAAUCUAGCCCCGUAUGAAGCUACAGUUGAUUGUCAGCUAUCUGCAGCGCCCUGUAUGACCAGUAACUGUGAGAAUACUGAUCAACUUGAAUCGUCUGCUGCACGUAUUUCUUUAGAUAGCCAAAAUAUUUCCCAUCCAGCAAACCAAACUCAAAAUGCUUAUGUGCCAGAUAUUGCAUCUCUUGACUUUAGUAGGGAGGUUCCAUUCUGUGAAAUCAAUGAACCUCAUGUAGCAUCAGCGGACAAGUUCUUACUCGCACCAGACCCCAACAGUCAGUUAGCUGAGAACUCAUCUCCCAGUGCAUUGGACUUACAUUUCGAUAAUUGGAUGUUUGAAGACCCAGUUGUUCCGAGGGUUAUAGAAGUUUCUGUGCCUCUGGGAUUGAAUGCAUACUCUCCUGAACCUGCCCCUCUCUGGGAUUGAAUGAAUACUCUCCUGAACCUGCUCCUGUAGAUUCUUGGUAUCUUUUCUAAUAUUUGGCCUAAACUGGCAUAAUGCAUCUCUGCCCUAAAAUGUCUGGCAUUUGUUUCUUGUCUGACUCACCAUGCCAUUUUAAAGGUUAGAGAAGGAGUAUACACUCUAGGUUUAACCUAGGUUUCUGUUGUACUGUAGUUAUGCACUUCAAGUGUACACAGAUUGCAAUAUCUGUAUAGAGAUUAGGCUCAUCCAGUUGAAUUGAAGAGCAAAUUAUUGAUAAGAAAUAAUAGUUGUUUGUAGUUAUAGCUUUUGCAAUAGCACUUCAUUUGUCCA